AUGCCUGAUUUCCCUACAUUGACCACCCAGCAACGGCUGUUCAAAGUCUUGUUUCAAUACCUCGAUCCUCUUGUAGCCGCAGGCGAAAUUGAUGAUCCACAACACAAAGACGUCUGGGCAUUCUAUCUACAACUCGAACGAACGCUGUAUCCAUGGCUGCAACCCUAUUAUCAAAACGCAUUCCACUUGACCAACAGCACCGACGGCCGCGGCAUUGUCAUUUGUAUCGGCAAUCAUCAAUUCCAAUAUGCUGCCACAACGAUCCGUGCGAUCCGUGAAGUGCUGAAAUCCAAUUUACCCAUUGAAGUCUUUUACAUUCGCGAGAACGACCUGACGCCAGCCCGACGACAAUAUCUGGAAACCGAGUUUGAUAACUUGGUGACAAGACAAGUCGUUUCUCGGAUCAAUGAUUGGCACACACGGUUUGGAGGCUGGGCACUGAAACCGUAUGCUGUCUUGACAAGCUCGUUCUCUGAAGUCAUUCUGAUGGAUGCCGACUCGUACUUUUUCAAAAAGCCGGACAUGUUGUUUGACGAUGCAGGCUAUCGCAAGACCGGCACCUUGUUUUUCUAUGAUCGCACAUUGUUCUCUGGAUGGGAGACUGGACGCAAUUGGCUGACCUCGUUCUUGCCCACAAUGAGUUCGAUAGUCGAAACGACUCGGUGGUGGAAUUUCAAAAGCGCGCAUGAACAAGAGUCCGGCGUGGUUGUGAUUAACAAAAAGCGGUCUUUGUUGGGUCUCUUGGCUACGUGCAAAAUGAAUGACAAACGCGAGCGCGAUCAGGUUACUUACAAACAUGUUCAUGGUGAUAAGGAGACAUUCUGGGUUGGAUAUGAAAUGGUGCAGACGCCAUAUUCCUUUAUUAAAUCCUAUGGCGGUGUGAUUGGCGGCUUGGGCGAUGCGGGUGAUGCUGAAACUGUUUGUGGUAACCAGCUCCAUUUCGGUGUGGAUCGACGACCGCUGUGGUGGAAUGGUGGUCUUCUUCGUGACAAGAACCGAUGGCCGGACCGUUAUUUAAAGUUUACACACUAUGCUGAAGGCAAUGACUGGGAAUUCGAGACAUCGUGUAUCAAGGAAAAGGACAGGAUCCAUGAAUUCACUGCUGAGGAACAAAAGAUCGCAGCCAAGUUUGUUGAAUUGGACCAGCAGCGAAAGAAGGACGAGGAAAAGAUCCAGCAGGGUAUUUGGAAGCCGGCAGUGCAUUUGGUGGACGAUCCAUUGGCAGCAGAGGGCGAAGAGAAAGCUUAA